GGAAUGUUCUUUGGAUAGUAUAAAAGCAUCGUCGCUAACCUGCUCAGCAGUAAGAGUUCCUGCAAGCGAAAGACAAGCGAUUUGCGAAUUUCACUUCCUUCAAAGGUUGCAUUUUUUUCACCACAAAGAGAAAUGGCACUUAACCCUUUACCCAAGAGCAUCUGGGAGGAUCCAUGGACAGGAAUUUAUUCUCCCUCUCGACUCUUCGACCAAUUUUUCGGCGAUGUUUUGAGCUCUGAUGACUUUAUGUCUCCCAGAAGAUGGCGAGGGACGCUUUCAACUCGUAUACCUCGUCCACCUCAGCUGAGUGGCAUGUCGGAGGUCGUCAACGACGAUAAAGAGUUCCGUGUGGGCUUAGACGUGAAACAGUUUAAGCCUGAAGAGAUAAAUAUCAAAACCAAAGACAACCGCCUCAUCAUCCACGCUAAGCACGAGGAGCGUCCAGAUGAACAUGGGUUCAUCAUGAGAGAGUUCACUCGUCAGUAUGUCUUGCCUAAAGACGUUGACCCGAACGCUAUCUCCUCAUGCUUGAAGGACAACGUGCUAACGGUCAAGGCCCCGAAGCUAGCGUUGCCAGAGACGCAGGAGAGAACAAUUCCCAUUACAUACCAGAAGACCUCUAGCUGAACCAAGGAACUUUAUUUUUAAACUGUGUCCUGACUGAACACUAUAGGUGGUCGCAUCAGAGACGACGUGGACAAUAUUGCAUGUCUUUUCACGAGAGACUGGAAGUGAUGUAUGCAAAAAUAACUCGACUAAAUAAUUCAUUGUCCAUCAUUUAAAGACUAGAGUGGUGAUUCAUUAUUAGUCAUAAAUUCCUACAAGGGGGAAUAAAUCGGUUUUAGUUUUUAAAAGUAUUGUGCUUCUGUUUCUGUAGUUCACGUCCUGGGCACAGAUGUUUAAAGUGUUUACUAGUAUAUGUACAUGGGUAGUAUUAAUAGGCAAUUAAUAUGACAGUGUUUCAAUACUCAACCUGCUCACCCUUAUCUCUUCAACCUAAUAAGACGCCUAGUUUUAUUGCAACCGAAAUGUCGAAUGCUAAGCCAUGAAAAGUUUUGAAGAACGUUGUCUGCAGAUUGAAAAAUCAUUUCUCGGAUUUUGUUACUUUGAUUCUGUUAUGUUGUUGUGAGCUCCAGGAAAAGAGCACCUUUUGAUACCAUUUUGGAGUGUGCAAAAUAAAGCUGUCGAACUAAAAAAA